AUACAGACUUAUUCGAUCGCUCAUUUAGCAGGCACUAGUUUUGAGGCUGGACUGGUCCAACCUAGGGCUUAAGAACAUGAAUAUCCUAAUGCAAAUUAGGUUAAACUUAUUUUUAAUAUUAAUAAUUUCUUAUAUCAAUAAUGUAAGAUCAUGUAACUUUGAUACUUGUGGCGAAUGCAUUAGUUAUGCGGAAGAAAAAUGCGUCUGGUGUGCUCAAGAUGGCAUCACGGGACCAAGAUGCCGAUCUCUCAAGUCGCUUUCUGCAACCAAAGAAGUCGGUUCGAGUUGGUGCAAACCCGAAUACAUACAAAAUCCGAAAUUUGAAAUGGUUGUCGCAGAAGAUAAACAAUUUGCAGAAAAUAAAAACGGAUCGCAGGUGCAAAUAAAGCCUCAAGUUAUCAAGGUCAAAGUAAGGCCAGGAGAGCCUGUGGACUUUACAAUGCAUUUCAAACCCGCUAAAGAUUACCCUUUAGACGUAUACUAUCUUAUGGAUAUUUCUUAUACGAUGCAAACCAAUUUAAAAGAUUUGAAACAGCAAGCACUAAAAAUAUACAAAGAUCUAUCAGUGUACACGAAUAAUGUAAGAUUGGGUAUUGGAAGUUUCGUCGAAAAACCUGGGUUCCCGUAUGUAGAUCCUAUAAGGCACACAAGCCACGCAUUUAGAAAUCAUAUUUCCUUAACGGACAACAUGAAAUUAUUUAUUUCUACUAUAGAAAACAUAAAGUUUGGAUCAAAUUUUGAUGAUCGUGAAGCUGGUUUAGAUGGGCUGAUGCAGGCCAUGACAUGUCGCGAAGAAAUUCAAUGGAGAGAGCAUGCCAGACGUAUUAUUAUCAUGAGUACAGAUGCUCCGUAUCACAGUGCAGGUGAUGGUAAAAUUGUAGGGGCUAUCAAACCCCAUGACAUGCAGUGCCAUUUGAAGAAUAAUGUGUAUACCGAAGCCCUAACAUAUGACUAUCCUUCAGUCAGCCAAAUUAAUAAAGUGGCAACAGAUGAAAACUUCAGAAUAAUAUUUGCUAUAGCCGAAAACAAUAUUACUCAUAAAAUUCCUGAAACUGAAUAUAAAAACUUAGCCAGACAAAUAACUGGAGCUACUUUUGCAAGGUUGGAAGGAGGUGACAGUGUCAUAAAAAUUAUCAAACAAGCUUACGAGGAACUUUCAAACACUAUACAAAUAAUGCACAAGGCGCCACCGUUUGUGAAUGUGACUAUUGAUCAGGAUUGUAAUUCAGUACCAAAAAAGAAUUGUUUAGUUCAACACAAAAAGCAGCUUACCAUCAAUGGAACACUAGUUGUAAAGUCAUGUCCUAAACCAAGUAGCAAAAAUAAACACAUAGUCACCCUUAAUCCCUAUGGUUUGCGCGAAAACCUCAGGAUUGAAUUAGACAUUGCUUGCGAAUGUAGCUGUGAGAAGGAAAACGGCGCCAUAGUACCAGAUAUUUGCCACGGCAGUGGUUUUAUUCAGUGUGGAAUUUGCAAAUGUCUACCGGGGAGUUAUGGUAACGACUGUCGGUGCAAUGGCUCUUCCACGGACCAGCGCGAUAUGGAGAAAUGUAAAAUAAGUAGCGACGCCAAAUUAUGCAGUGGUAGAGGAAUUUGCAAAUGUGGACAAUGUGAAUGCCAGAAUGGUUUCUCGGGCAAUUUCUGCGAGUUUGAUGAUAACUCUUGCCCUAAACCAAACAACCAGCUUUGUUUUGGACACGGCAGAUGUAUCAAAGGGCAGUGUUCUUGUGACAUCGGAUAUAGUGAGAAGGAUUGCAGUUGCAAAAAUGACGACAAAGAUUGUUACGCGCCAUACGCCACUGAGGCAUGUUCUGGAAAAGGCAAAUGCAUUUGUGGUGCAUGCGUAUGUGAUACAAUAAAGGGCAAAAAUGAAACUUAUUCUGGUGUAUUUUGCGACAGUUGUGACGAAUGCGCCGCAGCGCGAUGUACGGAACUACAAGACUAUGCCUACUGUAAUUAUAUCCACAAAGACAACAAGGCUAUUUGCGACGCUGAUCAAGGAAGCAAAGUAUCGAACAUCAUAGUCGAAUUUAUGAACAAAAAAGAGAUAAAUGGACCAAAACUGUUUACGGCUAAGUGGUGCAAGACAGAACUGGAAAAUAAAAAUGGAAGUUACGUGGUAUUCAGGUACCAAUACGUUAAUCAUGACUUGAAGAUUGCGAUCCAAGAAGAAUUGGAAUCACCACCCAAGGCUAACAUUUGGAUUGCUGCUGGCUCUGCGAUAGGCCUGGUUCUCUUGAUCGGAAUACUAACCGUUAUUAUCUGGAAGAUUCUAGUAGAUAUACACGACAAAAAAGAAUACAAGAAGUUCCAGGACGAAGCUUUGGCCGCCGGCUACGAUGUUUCUCAAAAUCCUUUGUACCAAGACCCGUCCAUCAAUUUCUCGAAUCCCGUAUACAAUAACCAGUGUAUUACGUAAGCUGAUGUUCCAAAUAAGGACAAUUGUAUAUUAUUAUAAUAUGUUAGUCCUAUAAAUAAUUUGAAUGCAAGGAAAAUAAACAUUAAUUCCCAGUUCAC